AAUAUAAGAAUAGAUCAGUCUCUGCAGCAAAAGGAUCGAUCACGUUUGGAUCAAUGUCAGUGGUGGGGUGAAAAGAGAAAUCUAUUUGGAGAGACUUAUUGCGACGGCGCGCAAUAAGAAUUAGUUAGCUUAGCAAGGUGAGCCGUGAAGCUAAAAAGGUGAAGCAUCCAAUCCAUCUAGAACGAGAACGAGUGUCUGAUUGAGCAGAAUCUGUUCAACGUACAUACCUGGUGUGACCUGGUGUGACCGCGGAUUAACUUUGUUACUUUCGACACUAGAAUAUUGACGCGAAUUUUGCCAUCUCAUUCAAUCUCGAACGGGAUGCAGGCGGCUGAUGAUCCCCUCUGCCAGGAACCUUUAGUGUCCGUCGAGUUUGAGGUUUUCGGAAAAGUGCAGGGUGUAUAUUUUCCAAAGUACGUGAGGGAUAUAUGCUUGCAAUUGAAAAUCUGUGGUUGGGUGAAAAAUAGUAAAACUGGCACGAUCCUUGGAAAGAUGCAAGGACCUCGAGCGCUUGUCGAUCAGAUGGCACAGUGGUUGACAUCAGUGGGCAGUCCAGGUAGUGAGAUACAUCACUGCGAGUUUACAAAUUGGGAAACUGUUACAAAGCAGCAAUAUCAAGGUUUCAUGAUUCGUUUCUAAGAAUAUAACGCACAAUCGAACAUGUAUGUUUAAAUUCUAAUAUUAAUGCACACUAAUUUGAUUUGCAUGUGGUAUAAGAUAUGCUCAAAAAGUUCCAUAACAUCUGGAACAGUUGUACGAUAAAUGUACAAAAUAUUUUAUUUUGACACUUUACGUACGAUAAGAUUGAAACACAAUAUCUUUUUAUGUAUUUUUAAUAAAUUAUACGUCUCUUAUAAAAAUUUUCAAAACACGAUUAUUUAUAAGGAUACAUAGCCGAGACGAAUGUUACAUUCGAUAAUUACAAUGUUAAUUAGAACAUUUAUAAUUUAAAUUAAUGACAACUCAAUGCAUACAGAUUCUUAAAAAUUUAUACACAUAU